AUGAACCCCGUUUCUGUAACUAAAAUGAAACGCCACCCCAAAAACCCAAGCCAGCAAGCAAACAGAAAAGUAUUCUCAGGCAGUUCAGGCACAAGCAGACGCUGUGCCCUGUCACAGCCCCGAGCGUCACCGGCCCCCCGCUACCGCCGCCAGACCCGUUACCUUCGGCCGCCGUUCCCGGGGUGGGUGCGGGAGGACGGGCCGCCAGCCGCAGUGCCCGGGCAGGGCUGGCCCGGAGCCUCGGUAGCGGCCACCACGCUGCCCAAGGCUAACGCCCGCCCGCGGGCUGCGCCGGCGGGCCCGGGGAGAGACGGGGAGCGGGGUCCCGCCGCGCCGCGCCCCAGCGGGAGGGACCGGGAGGGACGGGGCGGGGCGGCCGCGCUUCGCCCCGGCGCUUGCUGCGCCCCUCGCUCCGUGCACGGCUCGGGGCGGGGACCCGGUAAGUUCGCGCCCGUUGUUGCCUGCGAACGGCAAAGUUGGCGUCGCACAGAACCGGGCGGGCGGCACAGGGACAGACAUAGCCCCUCGCCACCGGGUGACCCCGACCCACCCCGCAGCCCCCUCUCACCUCAGGCACUGCCUCCUCCCCGCCGGGACGGAGGACCGGGGAAGGCGCCGGCUGCUCUCCGAUUCAUCGCGGCGCUGCGCCCCGCUCCCGGCUCCCCAGCCCCACCGGGGUCGCUGCAGAUCGCCGCGGCCCCGCCGCCGCCGCCGCAGCAGCAGCAGCACCCAGUGCCGGCCGCGGAGCGCCGCCUGCCGCCGGGGGCACCCCCCCAUCCCCAGGGCGAGCUCCCGCCCCGCCGCCGCCGGGCUAGGAGAGCGGCGGGCGCAGCGCUGACCCCCAUCCGCCCCGCGGGGCAUCGUCCUCGUCGGGUUGUGCCCGGCUGCAAAGCGGCUAGGAGGUAA